AUGCAGCGGCAACGACUGCUGUGGGCGGGCAGCGUGUUGGACCGCGUCUCGCCGUACCUGCAAGAGGUACCCAAGGACUGGCUCGCCGGCAUUGGGAUAGUGCAGGAUGCCGAUGCGGACAUCCGAUUCACGCACCUCGCCGGCAGCGUGUCGCAUUCGCUCUUAGCGUACCGAACGGUGCCAGGGGCCUUUUCAAGCAGCGAAGAGAAAGCAAAAUCAAAGGAAAACAGAGCAACGACCAUUAAAGAUAGCGGGGAUCAGGCUCCAGCGCUCAAGGAUGAAGGGCACGCCAAGAUCAUUGCCAUAGGUCGAAAUACACACGGCCAGCUGGGCUUGGGUUUCACAUCUCAAGAAAGCUCGUGGGGAAUGGUUCAAAGCGAUUUCGAAGGCAAGCGAAUAAAGAGCUUGCAUGCCGCGAAUGGUUCCAGCUUUAUCGUGAUGGAGCUCGAAGAUGGCUCCUCGGCACUGUACGCAAUGGGCAAUCACACUUCGGGCCAGCUUGGGCUCGGCAUGUUAGAGGAAGGCGCGAGGGCCGCAAAAGCGGACUCGGGAGACGCGCAGCUCUCCCUCUUCCCGGCUCCUGAGCGUGUGAGGAUAAUGUCUACGGCGGAAGGCCCGGGCCGCCUGCGAAUCAUCUCCGUCGCCACUGGCCUUGAUCAUGUACUCAUUCUGUGCGAAUUUCCCGGCCACUGCUUUGUCGAAAGAGUCAUUCUGUCCUCUGGCAUUAACACCGAUGGCCAGCUAGGCAUCAAGAGCGCGACCACGCGCUUCCGCACUCAUACCCUGCGGCGCAUUGAUUCGUCACUUUUUAAGCUUAAAGAUGGAGAUCAAAUCGCUGGCAUUGCGGCUGGUGGAGACACUUCUUUCGCAUGGUCAGACAGUGGGCGGGUCUGGUCAUGGGGUAACUCUGAAUACGGCCAGGCAGCGCACGGCAAGGCGAUCGACCGCAUCGACGAGCCGCUGGAAGCAACCGAGCAUCUACGCAGCGCGGGCGUCAAGCAGGUCAAGCACAUUUCGGCAGGCGGCAGCUUUACUACAAUUCUUGAUGCCUCGGGGAUACUUUUCACCGUCGGGUACGGUCCCAUCGGCCAAGGCAAAGAUACGAUUCAAGCCUUGAACCCGACUCCCCUUCCUCUGCCAUCUGUGCGAUUUGUCGCAUCAGGCUUGGAGUACGCUGCAGCCGUCACAGAAGAAGGCAAAUUGCUCGCCUGGGGGCUAGACACAAUGGCCAGCCGGCUCGCAAUCGACCCGCCCUCCCGCAAGCCAUGGCCCUCCUUCAUGAGGGCGAGUCGCUUUACGCCCGAUUUUUCACGCAGCAUCGACGGAGACCCGGCCGACUCACCAGCCUUUGAUGCCACGCAAAGUGGAGGGCUGCAAGGCAUGCUGCGCGUAUACAAGCCAACGCAUGUUCAUGCCAAGGUGAAGCUGGAGAACUGGGACAUUACCGAUGUCGCAUGUUCCGGUGAGACGCUCUGGGUGCUCGCGGAAGAUGGGAAGGAGCCAAUGGGAGUUUGGGAUACCAAAUAA